UGUCGUUGAGGCUUGAAUCAAUUUGAGCAUAGAGAAAGUGUGAGCAGGUGCCAUCCUAAACCAGCGCAAAGGAUUUUGUGGAAAUCUUUUGCAUUAUCUAAUGUUGAUGUCAUGCCGUAAGUUCGAUAUCAACAUGAUGAAAUUUGGCGCGAUCCCAGUCUAUGUCAUGAGAAUCAUCAUCGUCGAGCUAUUUCUCCUCCUCGUCAUCGUGGGAUAUCUUGGUACAACAGCAGGAGACUCAUUUAUCGAUUCAAAGGAUUUUGGAGCUUCCGAAGAUAUAGAGAGAAGUUCACAUUCUGGAUUUGCUCCUCCAGAUGAAGCCAUCAUGAAACCUUUUGCAGUCCAAGGGCAACAAUAUCAUGGUCGAAGGAGACUGACACAACAGACACCAGUCGACCCUACGCCAGAAGCAGAGUCUGCCGAGCCAACACCACCCAGUGAAGGGUAGAGAUAAAUCUUCUGCUCUGUUCAAAGAAGUUUAGAAAGCGCUGCACAAGCUACUGGAUUAUGCAGCACAUUAUACUUCUUACAGUACCCAUAGACAAAUUUCAACAUCGAUGUACUGUGCUCUCGAAAAGCCGAACUUCCUCCGAGGUGCGCCAUGAAGGGAAUGGUUCCAGCUUUGAAACGUGGUUUCUUCGGCUCCAUGUAGUGGAUCUUAGUGUUUCGACAAGCUGGUGCCUGAUUUGGCAUGUUAGUGGGUGGCUUCAUACUUAUCGGAUUGGAAUUAUUACUACAAAAAUAGUAUACAAAUUCAUAUUUGUGU